CAGAGGAAAGGAGAACCUUGUUGUGGGUCAAAUGCAGAUGGCAUUUCACAUGCGAGAUCUUGGGAAUCAGGCAUGGAGGUGCUUCAGAAUGGGGACAUCAGUGCACAACCAGAGAGCUGAAUGUUUCAACAGUAUUUUAAAGCGGACAUGGAUUAAGAAAUGGCUGACAACAUUUGAGGCCAUGAUGGAGUCUGGGAUCCUUGAACUGGACAAUCCUGUGCACAUCAACUGCUUGCAGUACUCACACUUGCCACUGCUUCAAAGAGACUUAAAAACGGAGCAAACAGUUUGGAACACCCAUGACAUCCGCAAGCAACGCAAUGCACCUGGUCCAUUUGGGAAACCCGACCUUCUGUUUACCUCACCACCUCCUGGAUAUGGCAAUGUGCUGCACAUUGUUGACCCAGACCUUUUAGACUAUGCCAAGCAAUUAAUCUGUGAGAGGGAAGAGCCUUCACUGGUAGCAAACCAGGAAUUCAGAGACAUGUGCCAGAACAUUUUAGAAAACAGCCAGUUUCCCUGCACACCUGAUGGUUGCCUUGCUGCAUACCUCAUGCUAGUCCAAGAGCUCACAACUGCCAUGAACAGAAAUGCAGUUCCUACACUUUCUACGUUUGCCGAGGCAAAUGACAUAUACAUCUUUCUGAAGAGAGAGAGGAUGGAAGGUGCACCAGUAAACAUUUCCAAUGACCAAUAAAAUCAUACAACAGUGUUUGUUAACAUUUAUUUAUCCUUGUUUAAAAUCAACAGGUAAUUUGAAAACUGUCUGACCAACAAAAUGUACAAUAAAAUUUUGAAAUACAA